AUGUUCCCCAGGAUGGAGCCACUCCCCAGACUUCUCACUGGACUUUUCCUGCUCACUCUCUGUGUCAUGGGCUGCUCUGGGCAACACUGGUCCUACGGACUGCGCCCUGGAGGCAAGAGAAACGUGGAACACUUGGCUGAUUCUUUCCAAGAGAUAGCCAAAGAAGUUGAUCAAGCAGCGGCACCUCAACACUUGGAAUGCACCCUACACCAGCCACGUUCUCCCCUCAGGGACCUGAAGGGAGCUCUGGAAAAUCUUAUUGAAGAGGAAACUGGGCAGAAAAAAAAUGUAAAUCUGCUGUAACAGAAAGUCUGACAAAAUAAAUACAAGUCUGACACAAAUUUGUGGCCCAUGUGAAUUUCAGAAUUCUCAUGCUAGGCUGUAUAUAUUUCACAAUGAAGUACUGUGUUAUG